UCCGCCAGCGUGUGGAGUUCCUGAAAUUAGAGCAGAGGAGCAGGAUGAAGCACCGCUGCUCUUUUUUUCGUUCCGUGCUCACCGUUUUUCUUUGCAGAAAUGUUUAAUAUCUGCGUGCGUGUGAGGCUAACCUUUGUGUGCAGUUGAGACACAGGAGAAAUAAUACGAGUUCCUGUUAAUUUAACCGUGACGCCAGAAUGAUAUUCAAAGCUGGGGGGUGAGAGUGAGAAAGUGAGACACGUUUGAGGAAGAAAAUCCACACAUUACGUGAUAUGAGAGAAAAUGCAGCGGUGACAGGAAGAGAAGGAGCAGAAACAAGUGGUGUGUGGAGGAGGAUAUGGAGAAGUGCGGGUUCAAAAAAACCCGAAACUGGUGCUGAAAUUAAUAAUUCACACAAAAUAAUAAGGAGCGGAGUGUAAAGAUGAUGUAUUCUUCUCGAAGGAAACCCGUCCUCUAUUUCAAAGAAGACAGAAGAUCCGACCCCCGCAAAGGUCUUCCUCGGCCCAGGAGCGGCGUAUUGCCGUGGCAGAAGUGCUCCGUCUUCAAACUCUUCUGCCUGUGCACGGUGCUGGUGUUCGGCUCGCUCCUGUGGCUGCAGCUCAGCUGCUCUGGGGACGUGAGCCGCGUCUCCGUGGAGGACGGCCAUGUGCCUCAACAGCCUUGCCCCCUGGGGAAGCAGGCGCCCGCGUUGGACGACCCCUCGUGGGGUCCUCACAGGAUGGCCCUCCUCGUCCCUUUCCGGGAGCGAUUCGAAGAGCUGCUCGUCUUCGUCCCGUACAUGCACUCCUUCUUAAACAAGAAAAAAAUACGGCACAAGAUUUUUGUCAUCAAUCAAGUGGAUCACUAUCGGUUCAACAGGGCUUCCCUGAUCAAUGUCGGUUUCCUGGAGACCGGGAACGACACUGAUUACAUCGCCAUGCACGAUGUGGACCUGCUGCCUCAGAACGAGGCCCUGGACUACGGUUUCCCAGAGCGGGGGCCCUUUCACGUGGCUUCGCCCGAGCUUCACCCGCUGUACCACUACAAGACGUAUGUCGGGGGUAUCCUGCUGCUCACCAAACAGCACUAUCAGAUGUGCAAUGGCAUGUCUAACCGCUUCUGGGGAUGGGGACGAGAGGACGAUGAGUUCUACAGGAGGCUGAGGAAGGCUGAGCUCCAGCUUUACCGACCAACUGGAAUAAAUACUGGGUACCAGACGUUCCGGCACAUCCACGACCCGGCCUGGAGGAAGAGGGACCAGAAGAGAAUUGCUGCACAGAAGCAGGAGCAGUUCAAAGUAGACCCCGAGGGCGGACUGACCAACCUGCAUUACAAGGUGGAGUCCAGACAGGAAGUGAGUAUCAGCGGUGCCCCCUGCACAGUCAUCAAUGUUGAGUUGGAGUGCGACCAGGAUGAAACGCCCUGGUGCCUGCUGAACUAGAGGGCCGCGGCUGCGGUCGCAGAAUGCUGGGUUGAGUCCAGCAGGACCGGGCUCCACCCACUUGCUGUGAUGGGUGGGUCCAUCGUCCAGUGGAGCAGGCGGAUCGACGUGAGUGGGUGACACGGUCGAAGAGUUGGGAAGCACAGAGACACGGCAACGUGUGGUUGCCCCACCGAAAUGGCAGUAUGAGUAUCGCCAGUAUUUCUCUUACAUGCUUUACCGUGGACGGCAGGUACUGUAGGUGCUUAGAUCACAACUCAAAGGCCUCAAAGAGAAAACUAAACACCCAGUGGUGUCUCCAAAACGGUCAGCAGUCUGAGCUUCAUGUUUUCUAUUGAACUGGUAGGUGUGAAAACAGUGUCAGACAUAGCUGAUCCUCAAGUUCUUUCAUUUUUUUUUUAUUUUUAAUAUGUAUUCUGUAGAUGUAUAGAAUGUGACAGUGAAACUGCUCAUAUUUGGCGAUAGAGUUGUUUCGGUUCGGUACGUGAAAAUAACACAUAACAAAGCGGUAUUCGCCUUCCUGAAGGCUUCAAACUGCACGUCUCCACUUCGGAACCCAAGAGAUGGGUCGCUGGCAGAUUCCUAGAGCACAAGUGGCCGGAAGUU